AUGUCAGUGUCUUAAUUGUUAAUUAAAUUGUACCAUCUAGUAGCUGAUUAAAGUGACAUCACAUCAUUCUAAAAUUUUGUCAAAUCACAAAAUUUAGUUCAACAACUCACAAUCAUCAUUGAACAUAUCUAAAAUAACAAAAUUAAGAAGGAUUACAAAGAAUUAGAAAAAUAAUUAUAGAAAUAUGAAUCUGAAGUUAGAGUACAUAUAAGAGUAAUACCUUAUUAUAUAUCUUUCUAGGAAUCCUACCUCAUGAAUUAGAAGUAUGAUGAAAUGAAAAAUUAGAUCAAAUAAUUACAAUAAGAUAGAGAUGAAUUAUUACAGAAUACAAAAAAAACUAUGAAUGUACUAUUCAUUCGAUAUCUAGUUUUUAGAAAUUAAAAAAAGAGAAUGAGGAACUCUAUCAAAAAGUUAAAAUCUUGAAAGAUGAACUUAAUUACUAUAAGCAAAUUGAAAUAUGUACCCAACAGUCAACUAAAAUAAGUCACUCCAAAUUUAUAGAAAAACCUAAUAAACUCAAAGACAAACGAUUUCAUACAAAUACUACUCCUCAGAAAACUGUCAAUUCCUCUUUUGAUUAUCUAGUUAAUAAACGAUUAAGUUAGCAGAUUGUCCAAAGAAAAAAAAGCUUUUAAAAAUAAAUGUUUAGUAAGAGGAGAUCUUGUACAACUGAUUUAUCUAAAAGUAUGUGA